CUGCCUUACACACACACACACACACACUACUCGUCCCCGUCUCUCUCUCUCUCUGAGAAGCUUUGGGGUUAGUUACUGCAGUACUGCUCAGCUUCAGAGCUGAAGGGGAGGGGUGGUUCUCCCUCUCUCUCUGAACCUCGUCAGUCUGAGUAGAACACUGAUAGUAUCGGACACAGCGGGGACAACUCUCCCACCACAUUAACUGUGCAGCAGCGUGUGUGUUCGUUCGUGUGUUCGUGUGUGUGGUAGCGCUAAAGGGAGAGGGCUAAGUGUGUUCCAGGAAAAAGGAGGAGUGUGUAAAAGGAGAAGCAGCACCAUUCUGGCUGUGUUUUCUCUCAGUGUACAGAGGGGCUGGAUGUCUGGAGGUUUUCAGAGGAGAGGCUCUGAAGAGUAUGGACUCCACUCCAUUGACUGAACUAAAGGGUCAGUUGAAGGGGCCUUAGAAUGGGACCACUCCUCACUUCCUCACUUGUCCAAAAGUGCACUUCAAUAUCUACCUCUCAGUGACUCCUAGGCCUAUAGGGACUGCUGACUACUUAUCACUGGUAUUGCGCUGAUCUGAGUCAGCUUUAAACACCUUGCUCAGUAGACGUCUGCCCACAUAGGUAACCAGUUGUAAGCAUGGAGUUCUCCGUUGUUUGACCUUGUUUUGAGGUCUUCAGCAGUUAGCAACAUCAGCUUUCCCCACGCACUCUCGGAGACCAGAGAUGAGUGUGUCUCAGCCCGGGGAACGCGUCCCCGUCGGGGGCAUGAAUGGCUCCGGAAUGAGGCUCCCCCUCCUCUGCACCGGCGACCAAAAUGGCAAUGCUUUCCCUGUCUCCUCUUCCUCCUCCUCUUCCUCCCCAGACUCCCUGCAGAGUCUGAGCAGCCUGGACGUCGACAUGGAAUGCGUUAUGUCGACCCAAAUCAAAAUGGCCGCUGUCUCACCCGCUGCUGAACUGCCUCAGACUGAGUUCUCUGAAUCCAACGACAACUCUGUGUCCGUCUACCUGGACGCUGAUGAGGACUCCUGGAACGACAACCUGACCCUUGCCAUGAGCAUUGCUGGGAUACGGGAGCAUAGCAACGGUAGCCAAGGCGAUCUCCAUGACAACGUUAACAGUGUGGCGAGCAACAGCGGUGGGAGAAGGGACUCUUCCCCGGACUCUGCGGCCACGGAGAUCCCAGGUGACGAGGAUGAUGUUGAAGAUGAUGAGGAAGGGUUUUUCCUGUCGGUGAGCUCGGACAUGGUGAUGAGGAGAAUCAGCCUGAUCGACUCGGAGCGGCGCCCCUGCAGCGGGGUGUCCAUCCUGGAGGACUCGGACACGGCCUCCCCCUCCACCACGGCUCCCAUCCAGGCUCCACUCUCCGCCCCAUUGCCUGACCUCUGUAAGGGCCUUGAGGGGAGAAAGAGUCCUCAUGCUGGGACCAUCACCAUGGAACUCCAGAACCUCCAGACUGGGGCUAGCAGCUCACCGGGUCUGCCCGAUAGAGAGGCACUUCAGGUGGGGGUGGAUCUGCCCGAGGAGGCCUGCACUCUGGAUGUUCUCCCCAUGGUGGAGGCAGUGGACACCGAGCCUAUUGUGGCACUAGAGGUUCUUCUCAGUGAGAUUAUAGUGUCUCCAGAUUCUGAAGGCUUCACUGUAGUCUCCCAGACCUCCACCUCAGUACAAGUCUCCAAGGGUGUGGAUUUGGCAGUGUCCCCCUUUACCGUUCCCCAGUCUCCAAACAAAGGGUCCAAAGGUGCGAGCCCCGCCUUCCACAAGACCAAGGAACACCCAUGUGCAACUCGGGUCAAACCGAACGCCGCCAUCGCCAAGACGGCGGUCAUCACGACAUCCAAACCUGGUAGGACCGACGUCAAGAGGUUCCCCAAACCCGACCUGAAGAACGUCAAGUCUAAGGUCAUGUCCAGGCCCGCCUCUACAACCAGAACAGCUAAUCAGACGCAAGGAAAAACUCCUCCGGCCAAUGAAAAGAAAGCCCCAGACGGAGUCAAAAGGCAAAGGUCAUCUUUGGAUCAAACUAAAGUAGCUUCGCUGAAGCCGAGCCCCAAACCCAGACCCAAUCAAAACACAGAGCCCAGAGUCUCUAACCAAUCUGAGAAGAGGAGGAAGGGCACUUUAGUCAAUGGCAUUCGCUCCACCUCCAGCAGCUCUCUGGGUUCAGAGUUGGCUGUGGAUGGGCACCGUUGGACGCCUGGGGAGGGUCUCCCAAAUGGAGAAGAGGGUACUACAGGAGUGUGCACUACAGAUGACACUACAGAGGGAGCAGGUGGUGAGACACCUGUAGAACAAAGGAGAAGAAAUGGCACAAAGGUCUCCUCCAAGCUGGGGCCCUCAUCAGUCAGACAGCUGCCCCAGGUCAAGGGCAGGGGGGCCGGGGGAGCGAGCAACACCGGGGGACCCUCCCUGUCUCCCACUUCUCCAGCUCCAGUAGGAGGGAGUUUUGGCUCCAGGCUGCCCCCUCCGGCUCCUCCUACGACGGGGAAGGACGGCCAGACCACUGGGAGUGUGUCUCCACCGAGAGGACGACCAAGUCAGACAGCUGGUAUCCCCAAGCCACGUGUCACAGACAGACCCUCUGGAUUGCCUGCGCCUACUGUGGUGACCUCUAACCCAAAGCCAUCCGUCAACCAGGGCUUAGGUGCUGCUCGCCCUUCGGCUGCCAUCGCCGCCGCAUCCAAACUGCCCGUGAAGAACCUACCCACAAGCCUUAGCUCCUCUUCUCUGGGCAGCGCCGCCAGCGAGAGUAAUGGAUCUUCAGCAGCCCCCAGCAAACUCCCAGCUCCAGUGGUGGGGGGCUGUAAGCCAGAUGAGAGGCCCAGCCAGCCUACAGCUCCAGGGGGAACCCAGGGGUCGAUUAAGGCCCCCACCACUACCAGGCCACUGGGGUUCCGAACCAGAGCCCCCUCACUACCAGGGAGAAGCACUGCAACAGGGCUGAAGACUCCAGCGGUGACCAGCCAGGUAGCAGGCAAGCAGGCCCAGAACCCCCUUCAGAGGGCCGGCUCGGCCAGAUUCAACCGCCCCGCAGCUGCUGCCACAGUGGACAAGAACAAGGCUCGGGGGGCGCCGUUGGCGAGGACCCUCUCCCAGACCAGCACCACUACUCAGGUAGGAGGACCCAGCCAACCCCAGCCACCCCAACCAGACCUGGUCCCAGUCCCUGCCGUCCCUCUCCCAGUCCAGGGACCAGCGGUCUCGGCAUCCCGCCCGGCCCGGGCUCUAGUGGAGGCUAAGCCGGCCACGGUGGCCCAGUACCGUGCCCAGUGUGAGAAGAAGACCCAGAGCCUUCAGCAGCUCCGACGGCUCCUGGAGCAGGGCAACCGUCGGAUAGAGGCCCUGGCUACCGUGGUGCAGCACCUCUUCACCGAGCGUGAAGAGACAUUGAAGCUGAAGAAAGGACUGUCCCUGGAGCUUUCUACCCUGCGCGAUGAGCUCAUCUCCUCGUCCCAGUGCUGUGAGCGGCUGCAGAAGGAGAAGGAGGAGGUGCGGGUGUCUCUGGAGGUGGUGGUGCGGAGGGUCCAGAGGGAUCACCAGGCUGAGCUGACCGGCCUGGAGGAGAGGCUCAAGGCCUUCUACCAGGCAGAGUGGGACAAGGUGCACCAGGCCUAUCAGGAGGAGGCAGACAAAUGCCGCGCCCUCAUGGAGCAGCAGCUGGAGGAGAUGAGGAGCAGACAGGAGACUCUGAGGAGAAACUCUGAGGCCAGCCACGCUCAGCAGAUGGACACGCUCAGACUGACCCACGACACCGCUGUCCAAGAGCUCAGGAAAACUCUGGAACAGGACUUGGAGAACCUGGACAAAACACUAAAGGAAACGGAGGCCACUCUCACUGAGAAAAUCCAGGACCUCACGUUGGAGAACGAGGCGCUGAGCGAGAAGCUGCGAGCGGAGGAGGAGAGGAGGAGGAUUCUGGCAGAGAAGAACCAGAAGGACUCCCAUGUGUUGUAUCUGGGACAGGAGCUGGAGAGUCUUAAGGUGGUUCUGGAGAUAAAGACCAAACAGCUUCAUCAACAGGACAAGAAACUCAUGCAGAUGGACAAGCUGAUGGAGAGCAACGUGAAGCUGGAGGAGCGUCUGAACAAAGUCCAGCAGGAGAACGAAGACUACAGGGCCCGCAUGGACAAACACACCGCACUCUCCAAGCAGUUGUCCAGUGAGCAGGCCAUGCUGCAGCAGACCCUGCAGAAGGAGUCCAAGGUCAACAAGCGUCUCUCCAUGGAGAAUGAGGAGCUGCUGUGGAAGCUGCACAACGGAGACCUGGCCAGCCCCCGCCGCCUCUCGCCCUCCUCGCCCUUCCACUCGCCCGGCAACUCGGCUUCCUUCCCCACCGCCGCAGCCCCACUCUCGCCCAGCAGAUAACCCAAACUGGAUUCCAAGGGGAGAGAGAGAAAGAGAGUGUGUGUGUGGGGAGAGUGUGUGAGUGUUUGUGUGGAUACCCCGUCCAACACACCCUAGAGACAACCCCCCUCUACAGUCCCUUACCUCCUACCCCCCAGAUCACCAACCCCAGCCUCUCAAGGAGACAAAGCUAUUCCAAAUGUGGAUGGACUACUUCAUAUGAUGACGCUGCAGUAUUGGCUUCUGCCCACAAUGACUUGUACAGACGUUUUCUUUGCUCCCAGAAAGAGAAGACAAUGUUGCACAGAUGCACUUACUUAAAGCGUGGGACAAUUCUGCCUUCGUUCUUUUUUGCCUGAUUUCUCUCACUUUUUUUCCCCUCAACAGAGAGAAAGAACAGGCAACUUAAACCUCAGGGUUUGUACAUAGCUUCUCAGCUCGUUUUGAUUCUCCUUCUUUUAUUUGUGCAUCAUGUUCCCCGCUCCCCAAAUAAAGUUUGUGCGAAAAACCUUGAAUGUCGUUUUGAAAAUGUUAAAAUGGUAUAGGCCAGAGACGGAAGUGGAAGUGAGACAUCGCAUUCCCUUUUUUUCUGGUUCAUAUACAGUCAAUGAAAAAAAAAUCUAUGGUAAAUGGCCUGAGUGGGGCAUCUUCAUUUAUCCGCCAUCUUUGGUAUAGACAUUUAGGGUGACUUAUUGAAGAGCAGAGCUUUAUCCAACAAGCUUUUGACCCGUUGUAUAAACAGUCUCUAUCUGGGCGCGGAUAUUCAGUUAAAGUGAACUUUAAUCCCAACCCUUCAUAUCUCUACCGCAGUAGCGUGCCGUGGUUCUGGGGCCUGGGCCUUCAGUGAAGUCCUACACAGUCCCACCCGAAUUAAUCCACCUCUUAUUACCAUCAUUAUGAUGCCAUGGCUCUAGACACUAUACAUUGAGACAGAAACGCAGUAUAACCAGGCUUUGCGUCACCUUGAAAUUGACAUUUUUAUUCAGAGAAUUGCAGGGGAAGAGUACAAUACCUUUUCAUUGUGCAGCUUCGUUGCCCUGCGCGCUUGUUCGUUGAGCUGUAGAUCCACUCGGGUGUCCCCAAAAGUUGUCAAAAGCACCAUUGUUUGUAAGUGCCCAGCCGUACUUUGGUGUCUUGUUGCUGCCUUGGUUAGACAACUCAGGUUUGCAAAGCCAGUGUGGCUCUAAACACCAAAUCGAUCACUUGCAAAUAAUAGGCAUUCCCAGCAGUACAGUUUGCAGUGCUUCUCGGAGUCUGUCUUUGUAGUGUCGGCUUUGUAGCGUCGGCGUCUACCUCUCCUGACAAUGUCUAACUUUUCUUGAAAAGUUUGUCUUGAGAAUGGCGUUAUAAUUAUAUCCUCGACCAAAUCGAUAUCUUCUCCUUCCGCCAUUGUGGGUUGAAAAAACAGCUUAGUAGUAAUUUCAGUUUCCUAGUUCUGAGACCUGCCCAUAUAGGACCUGCCUCUCAAUAUUGGUAAUCCAAUCAAAAGACGUGCAGGUACUACGCCUGCUAGCUGGCUCCUGUGUAACACUGGAACCAGCCAGCAGGCGUACAAUAGCCAACUCUAAAGCUGAUUGGUUGACACACAAUUUUAAUUUCCAUUCAUUUUAAGCUACAAGCGCCCGCACUGUUGAUUCUGAAGGCCUGAGGGCAGAUUUUAGACCCCUGGCAACACAUGAUGGCUGAAUAUGAUUGGAUAAAAUAUCUAACAUAAAGACCAGCCCUCCAAAUCUCAACCUGGGGCUGGAAGCAGUGCAACCAAGAGGAACGCUAUGAAAUGAAGAGUGUAACUCUUACUCUGGGGAAUAAUUUAAUACAUAUUUGUGGGAAAAUAUAUAUAUUUUUUAAAUAUUCUGAUGAUGUUUAGGCCAGCAGAGAAGGCCUUGCUGGCCCUGACGGCCCACCACUGCUCUACCGUAAUAAAAGUGUGGAAUGUAUUUACCCAUCUGUGCUUUAUCGCUCAGAAGGUUCCCAAUCCAAAACUCCACAACUUUGUGUUGAGCCAAUGUUCUCUCAAACCUCUCCACGUCUCCAAGAAUGCCUCAAACUGACCAUCAUUUUGUUUCAUUUUAAAAGGUAAAUAAACAAACGAUUUAAAAAAAAA